UGCCCCUAGCUCUUAACUCAACUCCUCUUUCUCUCAAUUCUUCUUCCUCUUCCAAAUUCUUGAAAUAACCACAAUUCCCACCGCUUCUAACUCAGUUUAUUUUUGUUAUAAACUUAGUGUUUUUGUAGAAUAUGGGACUAAGUUCAAACAGAGUAGAAGAUUUAUCUGGCCAUGCAUGCAAUGAAACAAUUAUCACAAUCUCUACUACUAGUACAGAAUUACACAUAUCAAAUAAUCAACCAUUUGAAGUACACAGAGUUUGCUUACCACCACACAAAACUACCCUUCAAAAACUCAGGCAAAGGCUAUUGGAAAUAUUUUUCCCAGAUGAUCCACUUCACAAAUUCAAGAACCAAACAUGGUUAAUGAAGUUGGUUUUGGGUCUUCAAUUUUUCUUCCCAGUUUUUGAGUGGGGUCCUCAGUAUAAUCUUAAACUACUAAGGGCAGAUGUAAUUUCUGGACUCACAAUUGCUAGCCUUGCUAUCCCACAGGGAAUUAGCUAUGCAAAGCUUGCUAAUUUGCCACCUAUUGUUGGGCUAUAUUCAAGCUUUGUGCCACCAUUGAUCUAUUCAGUAUUGGGGAGUUCGAAACACUUAGCAGUUGGUCCGGUCUCGAUAGCUUCACUUGUUAUGGGCACAAUGCUGAGUGAAGCAGUUUCUUAUACUGAAGAACCUGUUCUUUACCUUCAGUUGGCUUUUACAGCUACCCUUUUUGCCGGACUGUUUCAGUCUUCACUCGGUUUUUUCAGGUUAGGAUUUAUCAUUGAUUUUCUGUCGAAGGCGACUUUGGUUGGGUUCAUGGCUGGUGCAGCAGUCAUUGUUUCAUUGCAACAACUGAAAGGGUUGUUAGGGAUAGUCCACUUCACAAGCCAGAUGCAAAUAGUUCCUGUUUUGUCUUCUGUUUUCCAGCACAAAAAUGAGUGGUCUUGGCAAACCAUUGUUAUGGGCGUUUGUUUUCUCGCCUUUCUGCUGACGACUAGGCAAAUUAGCACCAGGAACCCAAAACUUUUCUGGCUUUCAGCAGCAUCUCCGUUGGCCUCGGUUAUUCUCUCAACUCUCGUAGUGACCCUCCUUAAGUCCAAGGCUCAUGGUAUUCAAACUAUUGGACACCUGCAAAAGGGUCUAAAUCCGCCCUCAUUGAACAUGUUGUAUCUAAGUGGUCCUUAUCUGCCUCUUGCCAUUAAAACUGGCAUUGUUUCCGGAAUCUUAGCGUUAACAGAAGGGAUUGCAGUAGGAAGAACAUUUGCUGCUUUAAAGAAUUACCAAGUUGAUGGCAACAAAGAAAUGAUGGCGAUUGGACUCAUGAAUAUGGCUGGCUCUUGUUCUUCCUGCUAUGUUACAACAGGUUCAUUUUCUCGAUCAGCAGUAAAUUACAACGCUGGGGCACAAACGGUCGUUUCAAACAUAAUAAUGGCAACAGCUGUGUUAAUCACCUUGUUGUUUCUAAUGCCACUGUUCUAUUACACCCCCAUUGUCAUCUUGGCUGCAAUUAUUAUAACAGCAGUUAUUGGCCUAAUUGAUUAUCAAGCUGCUUUCCGGUUAUGGAAAGUUGACAAGCUCGAUUUCUUGGCUUGCUUGUGUUCGUUUUUUGGUGUUCUUUUCAUCUCAGUGCCUCUCGGCCUAGCCAUUGCAGUUGGAGUUUCGGUUUUUAAGAUCCUAUUGCAUGUUACAAGGCCCAAUACUAGUGUCCUGGGCAAUAUUCCUGGAACUCAAGUAUAUCAAAACUUAAGUAGAUAUAGAACAGCUGUUAGAAUUCCUUCUUUCCUUAUCCUUGCUGUUGAGGCUCCUAUCUACUUUGCAAAUUCUACCUACUUAAAAGAAAGGAUAUUGAGAUGGAUUCGCGAAGAGGAAGAGUGGAUAGUAGCCAACAAAGAAACUGCAAUCAAAUGUGUAAUAAUCGACAUGACAGCUGUGUCGUCCAUAGACUCAAGUGGCAUCGACACAAUAUGUGAACUACGAAAGACACUGGAUAAACGAUCUCUUAAGCUUGUGAUGGCAAAUCCAGGUGGGAAUGUUAUGGAAAAACUGCAUCAAUCUAACACUCUCGACGCCUUUGGAUUAAAUGGAAUAUAUCUAACAGUUUCUGAAGCUGUGGCUGAUAUCUCAUCUUUGUGGAAGUCUGAACCUGAAUCAUCAAUAUAAGAUUUUGAUUGCUUUCACGGCUCAAAGUCAAUAAAUGAAGAGGAAGUAUUUGCGCUUCGAAAAGUGGACGAUAUGUAGCAUGUCAUGAUAGUUCCACAGCUCAAAGUGUUGGAACUGUUUACAAUAUCAAAUCCUUAGUUGAAGUUUUGUAUAUUAGAUUAGCUCAAAUUUGCAAUGUAGUGUACGAAUUUCAAUUCACUGUAAUCCUAUUUUCCGACAUAACUAUGUAGCCAGUCUUUUCUUAA